GAAAGCGCAACUCGCGAUCGGUGCGCUACGCUCGCUGUGACUCGUGCGCUCAUCCGGAACUUUUUUUUAUAUAUAAGGGGUGUCAACAAUAGCGCCGGACGGUCGGGGAAAAAGUGCUACUUCCGAAGAGAACAACAACAAAGCACGUGAAAGAUGACGCUGCAGACUCGUCGCUGUGCCGGCAGUGCCUUGGUCGCCCUCGUCGUCGUCGCCGCCGCAGUUACCUUACCCAUUGGUCACGGUUUCGUCCUCAAGAGGAGUGCGAUGAAUCGGGCGCCUGCGGUGUGUCAAGACAAUGCCCCCUGCGGUUGGUCGGUCUACGAUCCAGUGAACAGAACUCCGGUCGAGUACCUGGAAGUCUGCUCCUGUCCGGAGGGAACCAGCUGUCGACAAGACCGCGACGACGUGGCCAUCUCCUGUUACGUGUACAGCUGCCAACCGGCGGGCGACGACCUGGCCAAGUGACCCCGCUUUGCCCGCAUCAUCUCGCGACGGACCCUAGCUAGAAGGCACGAGCCCGCCAGAGGGGCCGGCAUCCGGACUUCCCGGAAGACGCGGUCACCGGACAAGCGGACGUCCGCGGCCGAGACGACGGCACGACUCUACGCGCGGACACUCUUGCGGGAACCCCGUUGGUCGGCGAGGUCCCAACAUUCCAGAGAGGCCAACCUCAGGCGGCGACAGCGACGCGCGCGCGGCACUCGGCUACGCCCACCCUCCCGACGUCCUCCCUACAAGGAAAGAGGGCAACCAAGAGCCCCCUCUCUCCGCCAUUUUCCUUCCACGCAUUAACUAUUUAUUAAGUCAUGAGCUGUACAUUACACAUUGAUACCUGGGCGAC